AUGACCACUGAAACAAGUAAAGAGGCGGUAGUUACUUCGAUUGAAGAAAACGUUAAAGACUCUAAAGUUGAAAUUGGAGAAUCUAAAGCGGAGGAAACGGUUGAAGAAACCAAAGCUGAAGAAUCUAAGGUUGAAAAGCCUAAGGCUGAAGAAUCCAAACUGACUGAGGAAAAUGCGAAAAUCGAAGAGCCUCAAGAUGACAAAAAGCGUAAAGCCAGCAGUUCUGGAGACAAAAGCCACAAGAAGAAGCGCCACAGAAGAAAGUAUGAUGACAUUCCACCUCCAGAAGAUGACAAAGAAGAAGAAGACAGCGAGUAUGACGAAAAAGAGGAGUUUGUCAAUGACGAUGACAAUGACUUGGAUGAUGAUUUAGUGGAAAUUGACGAGUCAAAUAUUAUCCAAGGUAGUAGAACCAGAGGCAAGAAAAUUGACUACGCUAAAACUGCGGAGAAGUUGAGAAAAGAAAUUUCCAAAGAUGAUGAUGAUGAAGAUGACGAAGAUUUCAAACCUGAAUGA